AUGGUCGGCCACGGCGUCACAGGGAUGCUUGGGGAAGAUGGAAUUCACGUUGACAUGAACCACUUGAAGACCGGAGAGGUCAAUAUGGCUAUCAACUUCAAGGACGGUGUCAUUCUGGGAGCAGAUAGCCGGACAACUACUGGAGCUUACAUCGCCAACCGAGUUACCGACAAACUCACACAGGUCCACGAUACCAUCUGGUGCUGUCGAUCUGGAUCUGCGGCAGACACGCAGGCUGUCGCGGAUAUUGUCUCCUAUCAUCUCAACAUGUACGGCAUCGUGAACAAUGAGCCUCCCACCACCCAGGUGGCCGCGGCUCUAUUCCAGGAGUUGUGCUAUGAGAACAAGGAUAUGCUAAGUGCUGGUAUCAUCAUCGCGGGAUACGACCCACGCCAUGGCGGUCAGGUGUACUCGAUACCUCUGGGCGGGUCGCUACACGAGCAAUCCUACGCCAUUGGCGGCUCGGGAUCAACUUACAUCUACGGUUACUGCGAUGCUCACUGGAAGGAGAACAUGACGGAAGAAGAAGGCAUCAAAUUUGUGCGCAACGCAUUGCAGGAGGCGAUCAAGUGGGAUGGUAGCUCCGGAGGUGUGAUUCGAAUGGUGGUGCUGACGUCCAGGGGAGCUGAGAGACAUUUGUAUUUGCCAGACACGGACUACACUGCACCCGGCGUAACCAACAGAUCAUGA